AGAAUUUCUUCUCCAAAAUCUCUCUACAAUCAUGCUCUAAAGAGUAGUACAUAUAUUAAGUUGUUUGCAAGAGACAAGUGUUCCAUCAUCCAUUUAUGAUACUUAAUCUCUUGCAAUAUAAUCUCGGACACAUUGCAUUAAAUUUUGUCCUUAAAUCACAGCAACCUAAAUUGUCACCUUAUUUCUCUCUACUAAUACCGACAUUUCCACACUCACAAAAUCCCACUCAGAAACAACCAAUUAAGUUACAACAAUAACAUGUACGUGACUUACAACAGUGCUCAAUAUAUUAACUUGACUUUUGUUAAAUCUUGUUGCUACAUGAUUUAGUAUGCUUUAUGUUUUAGGACAAAAUUUUAACUGUGAUGCAAUGAUAUUUGUUACAGAUUUUCACUAGACAAAAUGAAAGAUUUUUGGAACAUGAUCUGUGAUGGUUCUGCUUGUUUUUCUUCGCAUGGAGGAAAACAUUAUUGUUUCGCUUUUGAGGUUCUGAAUGAUCCUUCCUCAUGCACCAACCAUUUGUUUAUCAUUUUCCUUGAUCUGUUGUUGCUAAUAAUGCUGUCAUUUAUGAUGAUUCAAAAGUGUUUGUUGAGGCCUAUUCAAGGUCAGAAUAGGGUGGAAAGGCAUUCAAAGUUGCAGCUAGUUUCUGCAAUAACCAAUGGCUCUAUUGGUUUGUUGCAUUUUUGCUUAGGAAUUUGGAUUUUAGAGGAGAAUUUAAGGAAAAAUCUCACUGUUUUUUUUCUUAGUUUAUGGAUGCUAGAACUUGUUCAAGGAUGCAUAUGGAUGGUAGUUGCUUUGACUACAAGUCUUGUGUUGAAACAACUUCCAAGCACAUGGAUUUGGUUAUUUUCAAUACUUAUAUUCUUUGUUUCUAGUGUUUUAUGUGCUUUGUCCUUAUCUUAUGCAUUUAGCAGCAAAGAGUUGUCCCUUAAGGUUGCUUUAGAUGUUCUAUCUGUUUUGGGAUCAUUUUUGCUGCUUUUUUUCACAUACAAAGCAUGUAAGUAUGAAAACAUUGACAAGGAAGUUAAUGGAAGUCUAUAUGCAUCUUUAAAUAGUGAGGUCCAUGAUGUUGAUCGUGAUAGCCCGAUAGGCGUAACACCCUAUGCCGAUGCUGGACUUUUUAGUAGAAUGUCGUUUUGGUGGUUGAAUCCAUUGAUGAAAAAGGGUCAAGAGAAAACACUUGAGGACGAGGACAUUCCUAAAUUGCGAGAGUCAGAUAGAGUAGAAGUGUGUUAUUCGUUAUUUACGGAUCUGUUGAAUAGUCAAAAUCAAAAAGACGUGUCAUCUCGAUCAUCGUUGUUGUGGACAAUCGUUCUGUGUCAUCAGAGAGAGAUUUUGAUAUCGGGAUUCUUUGCGUUUGUCAAGGUACUCACUUUAUCUUCUUGUCCUCUACUUUUGAAUGCCUUUGUAUUGGUGGUUGAAGGUAAUAGAAGUUUCAAAUAUGAAGGUCACUUAUUGGCUAUCACUCUUUUGUUUACAAAGAUUUUAGAGUCCUUAUCCCAGAGGCAAUGGUAUUUUCAUUCUAGAGUCAUUGGUAUGAAAGUUAGGUCAUUAAUUACAGCAACAAUUUACAAGAAACAACUGAGAUUAUCCAAUACUGCUAGAUUGAUUCACUCGAGUGGCGAGAUAAUGAAUUAUGUGAAUGUGGAUGCUUAUAGAAUCGGAGAGUUUCCGUUUUGGUUUCACCAGACAUGGACAAUCGUUCUUCAGAUAUGUAUUACUUUAGUCAUCCUUUUCCGUGCAAUUGGACUCGCGACAAUUGCAACAUUGGUGACGAUAAUUUUGACUGUGCUUUUAAACACUCCACUAGCAAAGCUACAACAUAAGUUCCUAACCGAACUUCUUGUGGCCAAAGAUGAAAGGUUGAAGGCGAAUUCUGAGGCUCUAGUGAAUGUUAAAGUGUUGAAGUUAUAUGCAUGGGAAAUCCAUUUCAAAAAUGCUAUCGAAAACUUAAGAAAUGUUGAACUAAAAUGGUUAUCUUCAGUUCUAUUACAAAAGGCAUAUAGUAAUAUUCUCUUUUGGUUAUCACCUAUUUUGGUCUCUGCUGCUACCUUUAUGGCAUGUUACUUCUUGAAAGUUCCUUUACAUGCAAAUAAUGUUUUCACAUUCAUCGCAACUGUGCGCCUUGUGCAAGAGCCUAUUUCAACCAUUGCAGAGGUUAUUGGAGCGAUCAUUCAAGCAAAGAUAGCUUUUUCUCGAGUUGUUAAAUUUCUCGAGGCACCUGAGCUACAGACUACAACUGUUAGAAAAAAUUGUUAUGAUGAGAAGUUGAAGGGCUCAAUUGUAAUCAAGUCUGCGAAUUUUUCAUGGGAAGAUGAUAUAUCGAAAACAACGAUAAGAAACAUAAAUUUAAAUGUUAGUCCUGGACAAAAAAUAGCUAUUUGUGGAGAAGUUGGCUCCGGAAAAUCAACUUUAUUAGCAGCUAUUCUUGGUGAACUCCCUAACACUAAGGGGCAAAUCGAAGUUUAUGGAAAGGUUGCUUAUGUUUCUCAAACAGCAUGGAUACAAUCAGGAACAAUACAGGAAAAUAUUUUGUUUGGAUUACCUUUUGAUUCUCAAAGGUAUCAAGAAUCACUUCAUAGGUCUUCAUUGAUGAAGGAUCUUGAUUUGUUUGCGCGUGGUGAUCUAACCGAGAUAGGAGAGAGAGGUGUUAAUCUAAGUGGAGGUCAGAAGCAGCGAAUUCAACUUGCUCGAGCUCUUUAUCAGAAUGCAGAUGUAUAUCUCUUAGACGAUCCUUUCAGUGCUGUUGAUGCGCACACUGCAAAAAAAUUGUUCAGUGAAUAUAUAUUGGAAGGACUUACCGGAAAGACAGUCCUUCUCGUGACUCAUCAAGUCGACUUUUUCCCUGCAUGUGAUUCUAUUUUGUUGAUGUCGGAUGGAAAUAUACAAUAUGCUUCUAAUUAUCAUGAUCUAUUGACCUUAAGCGAAGAAUUUAAGGAUCUGGUUAAUGCACACAAAACGAAAGGUGGUUCUUCCCGGCUUGCAGAUGUUACUUUAACUUCAAUACAUUCAAAGUCUAGUAAAGAGAAGAUACAAGAAUUUUCAGAGCAGUCGAUUGAUGUUAUAAAUGGUGAUCGGUUAAUUAAGCAAGAAGAAAGAGAAAAAGGAGACACGGGGUUGAAGCCUUACUUACAAUAUCUCAAUAAAAAAAGAGGUUACAUAUACUUCCUUGCCACUGGUCUUUCUCACCUGAUGUUUGUAAUUUGCCAAAUAUUACAAUACUCCUGGAUGGCUGCUAGUGUUGACAAUCCUCAUGUCAGCGAAUUGAAAUUGCUUGGAGUUUACUUGUUGAUUGCGUUUAGUUCUACAAUGUUCGUUAUAAUUAGAAGUCUACUUGCAGUUGCAUUGGGUUUUCAAUCAUCAAAAGUUUUAUUUAGACAGUUAAUAAAUUCUCUUUUUCGUGCAUCGAUGUCUUUCUAUGACUCUACGCCGUUGGGAAGGAUACUUAGUAGGGUUUCAUCAGAUCUGAGUAUCGUGGAUCUUGAUAUCGCUUUUAGCCUCUCCAGUGGGGUAGCAUCCACUAUAUCUUAUUAUGCAGGGCUAAUAGUCUUAACAUCCAUCGCUUGGCAAGUCGUGUUUUUGUGUAUACCAAUGGCCUAUGUUAUUAUUCGUAUACAAAGACACUACUAUGCAUGUGCAAAAGAACUUAUGCGGAUGAAUGGCACAACAAAGUCCUCAGUAGCUAACCAUGUAGCUGAAACUGUUGCUGGAGUUAUGACAAUCCGAGCUUUUGAGGACGAAGAACGCUUUUUCAACAAGAAUCUUGAUUUAAUUGAUCUCAAUGCUGGUGCUUUCUUCCACAGUUUUGUCUCAAACGAGUGGUUUAUCCAACGGUUAGAAACAAUCUACGCAGUCGUUCUUGCCUCUGCAACACUUUGCAUUUCUAUGCUUCCUCUAGGGACUUUAACUCCUGGUUUUGUCGGUAUGGUACUUUCUUAUGGCCUUUCGUUAAACAGUGUCUUAGUAUAUUCCAUUCAAUGCCAAUGCACUCUAGCAAAUUAUAUAGUAUCUGUUGAGAGGAUAAGUCAAUACACCGAUAUACCAAGAGACGCCCAAGAAAUGGUAGACGGAAAUCAUCCUCCACCUAAUUGGCCAGUUGUAGGAAAAGUAGAAAUAAAAGAUUUGAAGAUACGAUACAGGCCUAACGGACCACUUAUAUUGCAUGGUAUCACAUGCACAUUUGAAGGAGGGCGCAAGAUUGGUAUUGUCGGUAGAACGGGAAGUGGAAAAUCUACUCUUAUAGGUGCAUUGUUUCGUCUUGUGGAGUCGGCAGGAGGGAAAAUUUUAGUUGAUGGAAUAGACAUAUCAUCUAUUAGGCUUCAUGACUUGAGGUCAAGUUUUGGUAUUAUACCUCAAGAUCCUACCCUUUUCAUUGGGACUGUUAGAUAUAACUUGGAUCCUUUAUCUCAACAUUCUGAUCAAGAAAUAUGGGAGGUUCUUCAAAAGUGCCAAUUGCAAGAGUCUGUCAAAGAUAAAGGUGGUUUAGAUUCCUCAGUUGUUGAAGACGGGUCAAAUUGGAGCAUUGGACAGAGGCAACUAUUUUGUUUGGGACGUGCUCUUUUAAAGAGAAGUAGGAUAUUGGUGCUAGACGAAGCGACUGCAUCAAUUGAUAAUGCAACUGAUUUGAUUCUUCAGAAUACCAUUAGGACAGAGUUUGCAAAUUGUACUGUGAUAACAGUAGCACAUAGGAUACCAACUGUGAUGGAUUGCAACAUGGUUCUUGCCAUAAGUGAUGGAAAAUUGGUUGAGUAUGAUGAGCCAUUAAAGUUGAUAAACAGAGAAAGAUCAAUGUUUGGAAACCUUGUAAAAGAAUACUGGUCUCAUUUUCAAUCAGCAGAAUCACAUUGAAGUGGAGAAAAAUUGUACCAGCUUACUGUGAUUGAGGGAUUUUCAAAAUAAAAUAAAAAAUAGUUCAAUGUUGGGCCAGUUUGUUUCAGCUUUAA